GGAGGGGGUACAGGAUUUAUUGGUCGCAACUUGACCCGCAUGUUGCGCAGUAAGGGUUAUGAUGUCACAACAAUAUCACGUUCCUCUGGUCAGCAACAGAUAUCAUGGUAUGAUCUUGAAAAAGAUGGCCUACCUGAUGAUUGUGGUGCAGUAGUCAGUAUGGCUGGGGAGAAUAUACUUAACCCAUUAAGAAGGUGGAAUGAAGACUAUAAGAAAGAUGUUAGAGACAGCCGUAUUAAGACAACUAAAGCACUUGCACAAGCUAUCAUAGAUGCAAAGACUAAACCUGAUGUGUUUGUCUCCCUUUCAGGUGUAGGAUAUUACAAGCCUGACCCUCAGACUGAAUACACCGAGGAUAGCCCAGGGGGUGACUUUGACUUCCUGUCUCGUCUAGGUACUGACUGGGAGAAGGAAGCACAGUUACCAGAUGACGUACCUGUCAGACAGGUCAUCAUUAGAUCAGGAGUAGUUUUAGGACGUGAUGGUGGCGCCAUACAGCAGAUGUUUUUACCAUUCUAUGCUGGUGUUGGGGGUCGUAUCGGUUGUGGCACACAAUGGUUUCCAUGGAUACACGUCCAUGAUAUGGCUGGAAUCAUAACCCAUGCUAUUGAAAACAAAAAUGUCACAGGAGUACUAAACGGUGUUGCACCUUCAACGAACACAAACAAUGAAUUUACACAAGCUUUCGCUAGCGCCCUCUGGAGGCCAGCCUUUUUUCCUCUCCCAGGAUUUGUCGUUGAUACAAUAUUUGGCAGGGAACGUGGGAAGAUUCUUUUGGAAGGACAAAAGGUGAUACCAAAACGAACCUUGGAGUCUGGGUACGAGUACAUAUACCCUGAUUUGGAUUCUGCCUGUGCAGAAUUUGCUAAAUUAAUCUACAAAAAGGACGAAUUUAAGGAGAAUUAUAACAGACAGAGGGAUGAAUCUAUGCAGAAGAUUAAGGAUAAAUAUUCAAAAUGAAGAACACUUACAUCCUUCAAAUGUACAUCAGGGUUGAAGUCAAGCAACUUAAGGAUAGUGUACAUGGAAAAAGAUAAAAGAUUAAGAAUAUCAAUUUACAUGUACUUUUGUUUUGAAAACUGGCAUUGCUUGAGUUAGCUUGAACUCCUAGCAACCAUAUGAUAUUAGGAAUGUAGGUAGACAUUUUCUUCUAUUUGAGAUGAAUAAAUUAUUAAUUUCAGAAAUUAAUAGAA